AGCAAAGGGGAGUAUCCCGAGGUGAAGAGGAGAGAGAGGGAGCGGACAGAGGAGAGGAGAGAGGGAUAAAUAGCAGAAGAGAGGAGGAGAAGGGACACGCGUUGCUGCAACCGGGAUACCUGCAUACAUCACGAUAACGCGGGAGUUUAACCAGAUGACAGUCUAAUUAACACUGCUGGAGACUGCGCCAAAACGCGCACUCAUUGGGGAUUUUUCUUUUUGUCCGCCCUCAGUCCAACUUUUCUUUUUCUCCGUUUCACCGGCUGACCCUUGCUCGCUGGUUCACAUCGAGACUCUCUGCUCAUCACUUGGAUCUCGACUUGGAUCUCCUGUGCUGUAAACCGGAUCGGGUGUCUUAUCUGUGAUGGGGGCAGCAGCUGAGGUUGGGAGCUUCAACGGAUUUCUGGACAGCUUUGGCCCCGCGGGUGGCGCUCCGGCUCCCGUUGGCUCUCAUUUCGUUCUCACCCCAGCCGGGGCGGUGGACUCGGUGACCGGACUGAUGAUGGGGGGACAGGGGCAGCAGCAGGAGCACCUGGUGUCCGCGGAGAGGCUGUCCCGGAGCCUGGCCGACCUCAGCCAUCUCAAGGGGAUUCUGAGGCGGCGGCAGCUCUACUGCAGGACCGGCUUCCACCUGGAGAUCCGUCCUGACGGCACCGUGCAGGGCACCAGGAAGGACCACAGCAGAUUCGGUAUUUUGGAGUUUAUCAGUCUAGCAGUGGGACUGGUCAGCAUCAGAGGGGUGGACAGUGGUCUCUACCUCGCCAUGAACAGCAAGGGAGAACUGUACGGAUCGGAUAAGCUGUCAGCAGAAUGUGUUUUUAGGGAGCAGUUUGAAGAAAACUGGUACAACACCUACUCCUCCAACAUCUACCGGCACGGAGAAAAAGGUGCAUUUUACUUUGUUGCUCUAAACAAAGAUGGGACGUCCCGGGAUGGAACAAGGUCGAGGCGGCAUCAGAGGUUCACUCACUUCCUACCGAGGCCCGUAGACCCGGACAGGGUACCGGAGCUGUACAGGGACAUACUGGGCCAGAGCUGAAACUGAAGGGGUGUUAACCCCUCAGAGUCAGUCUGAGCUGAAAAGCAAUCCAAGUGCACCUAACCUCGACCCCCUUCUUUAGGGAGGUGGAAGAUCUUGUGGAUCUGGACAAAAUGGGAUCACAUGAAGUGCACCAAAUCCACACUCCCCACGGCUGGCAUGGAGGAAAGAACCAGACCGGCCAGAGAGUUUGACUGAAAAGCACCAGGGAUCUGGGAAGAUGUGAAGACACUACCUGCUCCCCCAAUACUGUCCCUUUAUUGGCCUAUGCAGAGGCCCUGGUGGCCAAACAGAUGGAUUUCCUUUGACUUUCCAUUUCUUAAAUCCAACUACCUACUGGUCAAAACUGCAUGUUCAAGGGGACAAAAGUGUGGAACUUAUAGUUGAGAUUAACUACCAGCUGCUAGUACCUUUUUUUCUGCUCUGGCUGGUACGUCUUGUCAUUUCCACUGUUUUCAGUAGGCCUUUUUAUUUUAUUCUAAACACUACUGUGGCUGCUAAGUAAACUAUUUCUUAAAAUGCAUAAUCCACUAUACGGUGUGGCUGGUUUACACAAAAAGGUAGUUUCAUGCACUGGAAAGGAGCCAUGUUUGGUUUGGGAAAAUGUUCUGAGAGCUGGUGCAAUCACCUGUAUUGAACUGACUGUUGUCCUGAAGUGGAUGGACUCUGUUUGAAAUCGCUCCAAAGACAGACGCUGCUCAGAAAAUGUAACUUUUCUACAAAGUGCAUGAGGAAUAAGAGAAGAAGAACUGGUUCGAUGGAGUUUUAUAUAGAGGACUUCUUCUGUGGUGUCCUGUGGCGGAAUACUGUGUGUUCUGUUGGAACUCUAGAGACUCAUUCUAGAACCCAGUGAAGGAAUUCUGACUGCAGUCAAACACACGAAGCGACAACGACACCUUUUCAAACCUGUUGACAGAUUUUAUUCUUAUUUAUGAGGUUUUGUUUCCUAGGACAUACAGUAUAUUUAUUUCAUAUAUU